UCGAUAUUUUCAAUUCGUCUUACCCAUCUCUCACACAUUAUUGUCGUAACAGGGGAGAAUCACCCAGCAGCAGUUUUAAAUUUUACCUCGUAUUUUCGGAACAACAAAGCGACAAAUCGACUGGCAACAUGUCGGCCUAUAAGAUGGAGACCGCACCCUUUGAUCCACGUUUCCCCAAUCAGAACGUGACUCGCUACUGCUAUCAGUCAUACAUCGACUUCCAUCGUUGUGUGAAGAAGCGCGGAGAGGACUUUGCGCCUUGCAACUACUUCAAGAAGGUCUACAAAUCCAUGUGCCCCAAUGCCUGGGUUGAGAAGUGGGAUGAUCAGCGCGAGAGCGGCACAUUCCCGGGACGCAUCUAAGCACCCCUCCACUUGUUGUUCUAGUUCUUCUUGUUGUUGUUGUUUUUGAUAGACAGCAGCAGUAAUAAACAUCAUCGAACAGCAAACAAUACAAAUUUCAUCAAUGCAACGUUGGAGCGUCGGCGCAAUUGCAACAAGUUCUCAAUGUUUAUGUGCAACACCAAAAAGAAAACAACAACAAAUAUAAAACACAAAGAAUUGUUCAAUUUGUAAUACACGCUGUCAGUCGUUUGUUUCUUCAUUUGACACACACACACCACACACACAUCAACAGAUUCAAAAAAUUAUUGCUGCUCUACGGCUUAGUAGUAAAUUAUAUACACGAACACGGACAGGCAACUGUAUAACAAAUGUGUAUUAAUCAAUAAAUGAAAAGAAAAAUUAGAAA